CAGGGCCCGCUCGCCAUGGCCGGGAAAAGACUCGCGGAGACAGCCCGGGCCGAGGAGGAGGAGGAGGAAGAGGAAGACGCGGCGCGCCUGCGCAGUAGCGGAAACGAGCGGGGGCUGGUGCGCCUGCGCCACGUGGAGGAACCGCUUCGUGGGGCCGCUGUGCCGGGCUCUCGCCGGGGCUCCCUACUCGGGCCGACCCUAGCCCUGUCUCGCCGCCCUUCGCUGGCUGCCGCUUCGGGAACAGGGCCUCGGCGUUCCUCUCUGGGCCUGGGGCUCGCCUCACUCCCGGGGGCGCGUCCUCGGCGGGCCCCAGCGCCGAUUCUGGGGGCGUGGCUGGGUCCCGGCCCCGCCCCCGGAGCGCGCUGGGAGGCGGAGCACGUGCAGCGCGCCUUGGAGGCGGUGCUGAACGUGGCGCUGAGCGGCGCGCGCUACUCUGCGGGCGGGGCCGGAGCAUUGGCGCGCGGCCUCUGCGAGCUGGUGCGCAGGCGCGUGCGCGAGCUGCUGCCGCCGCGAUACAAGCUGGUAUGUACAGUGGUGGUCGGACAGCGCGCGGGCCAGGGCGUGCGCGUGGCGAGCCGGGCACUCUGGGACGCCGCCAGCGACGGGCACGCGUCCGCGUCCGUGUGCGCAGCCGCGUUCUUCGCCGUGGCUGUGGUGCACGGCGUCUAUUGCGAGUGACUCGAGCAGCGCGAGCCCAAUAAAU